CAGAGAGAGAAGAGGCAGACAGCUGGAUCUAUACUGUCAAAAGAUCAGGAGAAAGCAUACAGAUUCUUUAAGGCUCCGGGCACUAAACGACAGAAGCACCAAAAGAGCUAUUAAGAGGGUGUACUUUGCAGCAUUUUGGUGGAUCGGCAAGGAAAGAAGUGAACCUGGUGGAGGCUUGAACUAUCAAGGCACUAAGAGGUGGGUCACUGAUAGAUCUGCGACCCGUCAUUUUUUUUUUUUUUUUGCCCAGCAAUAGAGCGAGAGUGAGAGUGAAAGAAAGCAAAAGGGGGAGCGAUCUGUUUUUUAAUUCAUCACCCCCGCCCCCUUUGUCCAUUCACAAAUACAUUGCAUUCUGUCGUCGUGGCGAUGCAGAGGCAUUCUUUCCGAUUGGUUGAAGAAGGGUCCCAUUGAGAGCUAAGACUUACCCCCCUCCACCUACCUUUUCAUACACCCUUGUAUUCUCCUUAUAUUAUUUUCUCUUUUUCUUUGAUUUCUCCAGCUCCCUCUUCAGCAUUCACUGAGGGAGGGUCUCUGAAAGUGGGUGAUUAGGAGCUGUCAGUCUGUUCAUGUUUUUUUCUUUUUGAAAAACCAGACUAACAAUAAAUAAUAUGGAAUAAAGCAAAGGAUUGAUGCUCUCAGUACUAUAAAUUCCAAAUAUCUGGUUAGUAUAAACAAAAUAAAAAGGAUUUAAGGAGUUUAAAAAAGCAGUGGGCUAAAAGCUAGAUUUAACAACAUAUUUUUGUAAUAUUUCUCUUCAAUAAGCUACAUUUGCUGCAGAAAUGAAGGGUGAUUCUGAGGAAAGCAUUGAAAGCAUUCGACCAUCCAACUUGCAAGCAUUUGCCAACAAUUCUACAUUGCAUGGCAUGAGCCAUAUUUUUGCUUAUGGCCCUAUGACCUUUCGCCGCUUCCUUUGGACUUUAUCCUUCUUGGGUUCACUAGGUUUGCUUCUGAUAGUCUGUGUGGAGAGGGUCACCUACUACUUUACUUAUCCACAUGUUACUAAACUGGAUGAGGUGGCAGCACCAAACCUCACCUUCCCUGCUGUUACCAUCUGCAACCUCAAUGAGUUUCGGUUUUCAAAGAUUACUCGCAAUGACCUGUUUCAUGUUGGUGAAUUAUUGGCAUUGUUGAAUGAUAAUUAUGAAAUUGCCAAUCCUCAUCUAGCUGAACCUGAAGUAGUUGCAGCCCUAAAGGAAAAGGCCAAUUUCAGGGGUUUUAAGGCCAAACCAUUCAAUAUGACCGAUUUCUACAACCGUACUGGACAUGACAUUAAUGAGAUGCUGCUGCAGUGUACCUUCCGUGGGACCUAUUGUCAUCCCAGUAACUUCACAACCACCUACACCCGCUAUGGAAAAUGUUACACAUUUAACUCAGGCCAAGAUGGAUAUCCUUUGAUGACCACUUUAAAAGGGGGAACUGGCAAUGGUCUUGAAAUAAUGAUGGAUAUUCAGCAAGAUGAAUACCUUCCAGUCUGGGGAGAUACAGAUGAGACUUCCUAUGAAGCAGGGGUCAAAGUUCAGAUCCACAGUCAAGAUGAGCCUCCCUUCAUAGACCAGCUGGGAUUUGGUGUAGCUCCUGGUUUUCAAACAUUUGUGUCAUGUCAACAACAACGGCUGAUGUAUCUCCCUCCUCCUUGGGGGGACUGCAUGGCAUCAUCUAUGAAUUCAGAAUUUUUCUCCACAUACAGUAUAACCGCUUGUCGCAUUGACUGUGAGACCCGUUAUUUGAUUGAAAAUUGCAAUUGCAGAAUGGUGCACAUGCCAGGAAAUGCAGUAGUGUGUACACCGGAGCAGUACAAGGAUUGUGCAGACCCUGCAUUAGACUUUCUAGUAGAGAAGGAUAAUGAUUACUGUGUAUGUCAGACACCUUGUAACACCACUCGUUAUGGGAAAGAGCUGUCUAUGGUGAAAAUUCCAAGUAAAGCAUCUGCAAAAUAUCUGGCCAAGAAAUUCAACAAGACUGAACAAUACAUAGCAGAAAAUAUUUUAGUUCUGGACAUUUUCUUCGAAGCUCUGAAUUAUGAGACAAUUGAACAAAAGAAGGCCUACGAAGUUGCAGGGCUACUUGGUGAUAUUGGUGGCCAGAUGGGUCUUUUCAUUGGUGCGAGCAUUUUAACAAUUUUGGAAAUAUUUGAUUAUUUAUAUGAGGUAUUUAAAGAUAAGGUUUUUGGUUAUGUGAAGCGCAAGAAAAGACCAAAGAGAAGUCAAAGUGACAAUCUGUCACUUCAUCCUCUUUUCAUCAUGUCUAUUCCAGGAAUUUCCAGAGAACCCAACCAGCCCUGGCGUCACACCCAAUCAUGUCCCCAGAGUACCUGUGACACACUCCGCAGUCACUCGGACAGUCUCGGAUUCACGCCGAACAUGUUACCUCGUCACCCGACUAUAAGCAACUUUGAGGAGUUUGCCUGUUGACAAGAAACCAAGCUGGAGUGAAAAAGGAGUUUAUGGUGAACAUCAACAAUAACUUGUAUAAAAAUUCUUCAGAAUUAUAAAUAAAUUAAAAAAAACUUUAUAACAAUGCCUGAAACUAAUAAGAUGAUACCUAAAAAAAUACAAACUUCCAGAACAGAACUCAGGUUAAAUUCAUCUCCAGGCAUCCCUAUUGUGUGUUUUGCUUUUUUUUAAAUUGUUUGUCUGAAAUAUAAAUUUAAAAAUUCCACAUUUAUUUGCUACUUCAUGCCAUUCUUGAUACAUUUCACAAUAUUUAAAUGUGAUAACACCAUAGCCAAUAUUAAUAUUUUAGACUAGACUCACUUUUUUAUAACAGGAAUCUCUAUUACAAAGUAUACCUUUGGUGUAAAAUGUCAUCUAGUAAAUGUUAGAAAUAAUUAUGUGUUGCUAUUACUAGAAAAAGAAAUUACUUUAAAAUGAACAAAUAAUCCUGGAGAAAAAGGUAGCAUAUACUGGA